CAGCAUCUGAUGAUCCGGUGGAAUGGAAUGAGCAGAAGAGGACAGGCGACGAGCGUCUCGUUCCUCCUGUUCUUCAUAAGACAGACAUAAGAUAUAGGUGACCUGACACUGGUCGGCAUCACACCAGGGGGUAAGCAGAGAGAUAUAGGUAGAGAUAGGGAGAGAGAUAGUGAAACUAUCUGCUGCUGAAAUGGCCUCGAGGCCAGUAGUGCCGGAGCCGGCUCCGAGCCCGGGUCCGAGACCGCUCUCUGAUGACCUGCUGCCCGACAGCAUAUUCGCCCCUGAGCGGAGCGAUGGCGGAAUCGACACCGACCAGGAACGCCUGGAGGACGGCGACCCGCUGAACGGUGAGCCCGGGGACCGCGGGCUGGACCUCAGCAGCAAGCAGGCCCUGGUCAGGCCCAGCAGGGAGCAGUACGACCGGUUGCUCCGUCAGCUCAGAUCCCGGAUGGAGGAGGGCUGUGGAGACACCAUCUAUGAGGUGGGGCUGGGUUCAGACGGGGCGGCCCGGGGGCUGGGCCCGGCCGACAUGGCGGCGGCGGUCGAUACAGUGACAUCACUGUGUGAGCAGGCGGGGGCAGACCUCGUGUUGCUCCGCACGCGCAGCGAGGCUGCUGGCCAGGUCCGGGACUUCCUGAUCCGGCGCCGCGUGGGAGCGCUUGAUUUCCUGGAGGUCCGGGUGGCGGUGGUGGGCAACGUGGACGCGGGAAAGAGCACCCUGCUGGGGGUGCUCACCCACGGGGAGCUGGACAACGGCCGUGGCGCCGCCCGGCAGAAGCUCUUCAGACACAAACACGAAAUGGAGAGCGGGCGCACGAGCAGCGUGGGCAACGACAUCCUUGGCUUCGACCCGCAGGGACAGGUGGUAAACAAGCCGGACAGCCACGGCGGGGGUCUGGACUGGACCCUUAUCUGUGAGCAGUCAUCCAAAGUGAUUACCUUCAUCGACCUGGCGGGCCACGAGAAGUACCUGAAGACCACCGUGUUCGGCAUGACCGGACACCUGCCCGACUUCUGCAUGCUCAUGGUGGGCAGCAACGCUGGCAUCGUGGGGACGACCCGGGAGCACCUGGGCCUGGCCCUGGCACUCAACGUGCCCGUGUUCGUGGUCGUCACCAAGAUCGACAUGUGCCCCGCUCACAUCCUCCAAGAGACGCUGCAGCUGCUCCAGAGGUUGCUGAAGUCUCCGGGCUGCAGGAAGAUCCCCGUCCUGGUCCAGAGCCGGGACGACGUCAUAAUCACCGCCUCCAACUUCAGCUCAGAGAGGCUGUGUCCCAUCUUCCAGGUCUCCAACGUGAGCGGGCAGAACGUGGACCUGCUGAAGGUCUUCCUCAACCUGCUGUCUUCGCGGACGUCCUACCAGGACGACCAGCCUGCCGAGUUCCAGAUUGACGACACCUACUCGGUCCCGGGCGUGGGCACGGUGGUGUCGGGGACUACUUUGCGCGGACUGAUCCGCCUCAACGACACAAUGCUGCUGGGCCCCGACCCGCUGGGCAGUUUCCUGUCCAUUGCCGUCAAGUCCAUCCACAGGAAGAGGAUGGCGGUGAAGGAGGUGAGGGGGGGGCAGACCGCCUCCUUCGCCCUCAAGAAGAUCAAGCGCUCCUCCAUCAGGAAGGGCAUGGUGAUGGUCUCGCCGUGCCUCCACCCCCAGGCCUGUUGGGAGUUCGAGGCAGAGAUCCUGGUGCUGCACCACCCAACCACAAUCUCCCCCCGCUACCAGGCCAUGGUGCAUUGUGGGAGCAUCUGUCAGACGGCCACCAUCCUGACGAUGAGCCGCGCCUGCCUCCGCACCGGGGACAAGGCGGCGGUCCGCCUCCGCUUCAUCAAGACCCCCGAAUACCUGCUCCGUCACCAGAGGCUGGUGUUCAGGGAGGGCCGCACCAAGGCCGUGGGCACCAUCACAAAGCUCCUCCAGUCGUCCAAUCAUCUGCCGUCCAACUCCAAACCUCCGCAAAUCAAGAUGCAGUCCACCAAGAAGGUCCUGCCCCGCUGGGAGGAGGGCCCCUUGAUGGCCAAUGAGGAGGCGCCUACAGCCAUAUCGCUGACCGCCACUCAAAACUCUUCACAACCGGGGAAGGGGGAGAAGGAGCCGCAGCUUAACGAGGGCGGCAACGACAACAAGCCCAAGGGAGGAGGGGGGAGGAGGAGAGGAGGGCAGAGACACCGAGGGAAAGGACAGACUACCACCACCUCAGCCACUGCGCCCCCUACAGGGCUGGAGGACUGCUGAACGAACACACACACACCCCCCCCUCCCUUCUCAUGCUAUCCUAACAGACUGUUUUCCUGGAUUUCUCCUCUACUGCAGCCCUGAGGUGUUGGGACGUCUGGGGGUCAUAGGAGAGAGAGCGGGUCCUGGGUUGGCUCUCAGCGAAGUUGUUCUGUUUAUAUAUUGGUAUAGUUUUGAAUUUACUAGACUACAGCACUUUUAAAUAUUCUAAAAUUCCAACUUGGUGCUUUUAUUUUUAUUUAGUUUUACUCUUCCCCAGACCAAAUAAGAUCAGGACGACAUGAUUCUCUGAGACCAAAUGUGGGACCGCAGUGAGGAACCUUGCACGGCCUUUUAAUACCACUACAGGAGAACACGUCUGGUCCUACACACAAUGCACUAGACGCAGGGGUGGGGGGCUGAGACCACAACACGAGGUAACGGGUCCCACUUCCCAGCAGCUAGAACCAUAGAAACACGCGCCCCACCUCCCUCCAUCAUCAGUAGCAUCAAAGGAUACCGUUCUAGAAGGAAGAGGUUUGAAAAUCACAGUUGAAUGUAAUACAUGGGGUACCGGUACUUGGGGUUUGAACUUAUGGAAAAUAAGAGAUUUUAUAGAUUUAUUUAUUGCCAUGAAAGCAGUCAUUUCAUUUAUUGAUUGAGUUCAAUCCAGGGUCUUUGUUCUGUUUGUUCCUUGUGUCCAAAACGACGGUUCUCUUUGAAUGCAAUAAACUCUGCAUGCGUCCUAUUGCACAUGACCGUUGAGCAAGGCAGAAUUGGCGGGUUUCUAUCCUUCCUCAUGCAUUAAGACCUAUGUGGAGUAACAUGUGGGCGUUUGACGCACUUUGUCGCAGACCUAUUUUCCAAUAAAUCGGCUUUAUUAAACUG